AGCUAUACAUUCGUUUGGCCCCCUGAAAUAGUCAUGGAAAAGGAUGCUUGUGUAGAGGUGCAUGAGAAUGGCGACACAGAGGUGGUCAAGGAAUCAACAGGACCAUCCCCUUACAGAUACACAAAGGUAAUUUGGAAAUGCAUGGCUAGUAUAAAUCGAUAGCUGCGCACCUUUGUGGAGUGUUUCAUGGACUUGGGUUAACAUAAUCUUUCUCUUCUUACAGGAGGAGCUUUUGGAGAUAAAAUAUUUCCCAAUCUCUAAUGAAAGGCCAGACUGUCUUUUGGAAAAAUUUGACAGGUGAGCGUUUUUACAUUGUCAUACUUUGGAAUAAUUUGACGCACUACAACACUUUGUAGUUCUAUGCCAACUGUUGAGUUGGUCCCUCUGGUUUAACAGUGAUUUUUAUUUUUUUGGGGGGGGGGCACAGUGAUGGUGUGUGGGACCCUGAGAAGUGGCAUGCCUCGCUGUACCCCACCUCAGAGUGCAGCUCUCCUGUGGAUGGAUAUAAGAAGGACUUUGUGGACGAUAGGAUCCCUCUGAAACGUAGAAUUGCAGGUAAAUGAGCAAUGUAGUAUAUCAUUUUCAUAGUUGAUAUUCAAAUGACAGUGGCAUGCACUUAUUUAAAUCGUACUCAAUAAGGGUUUGAGGGUUUUUUUGAGCUCAAAUUUGUACAGCUGUCCUUAGAAGCGCCACCUUGCUUACACUUACUGUUCUUUGUAAAAUAAACCGUGAUGCAUUAUUGUAAAUGUUGAAUGCUAACUGUUUCUUGUGAUGCUGUUCUCAGAUCCCCGCGAGCGACUAAAGGAGGAUGACCUGGAUGUGGUGCUCAGCCCCCAGCGUCGUAGCUUCGGAGGGGGGUGUGUGGGCAACGCUUUGCCUGCACCCACCCGCCGCCCUGUCAGCCCCCUGGAGAAUAAGGAGAAUGAGAGUCUCCGACUGGGUGGGGCGCGGCGCAUCGGCAGUGGGCGCAUCAUGGCGGCGCGAGGCUUUGAGAGGGAAAGGGAGAUGGGGAGGGAGAGGGAACCCCGCGUGGAGAAGGAGCGAGAACGGGAGCGGGACUUUAAGGAUAAGAGGUUCAGGGUUAGUGUCUUAUCUGCUGCUUCCUGAUCUGCAUUCAAUUCAAACAACCAGUUGUCCCUUUAGGGCCAUUCUAUCUGCAUGUACCGACACACAAAAUAUAUAUUUAUUGUGCUUCAAUGGGAGGCUUACUUCUUGCAGUAAUCAAUCUAAAUGACACUCGUCAGGAGCUGUGUACACAUUCCACUCUUUCCUCUCUUUAAAUAUAUCACAUGGUAUUUAGCAGCAUGUUAGAUUCGGUGUAUACCAGUGUUUGUUUUUCAAGUUUUUUUUUUAUCUGAGUUCUUCCGUUCUUUCCUGCAGCGAGACUUUGGGGACAAGCGUGUGUUCAGUGAGAGGAGAAGGAAUGACGCGUAUGUGGAGGAGGAGCCUGAGUGGUUCUCAGGGGGCCCGACCAGCCAAUCGGAGACCAUAGAGCUCAUUGGCUUUGAUGACAAGAUCCUGGAGGAGGACAAGCGCAGACCCAAACGCUCCAGGAAGAGGACAGACUCUGUGAGAGAAGGCAAGUCAUGCUGCAUCAAAUCACCAUUGGAGCUCAUGGGAGUUGGUGUUCCCCAAAAAGGAUGUCUGGUGGCAUUGGUUUACAGCAAGGAUGUCAAACAUACGGCCUGGGUGCAAUCCGGCCUGCGGGUGGCUUGAGUUUUUAAAACAAACUCGAUGUACUUUAAAAUGACUAAAACCAAAUCAAAACUGUGUAGAAAGGGUAAUGGACCUACAUUCAUACCAUUUCUUGACUGUGUCAGCACCCUAAUAAUCACUGAAAUGGAAGCUAGACAGUCAGGGAGCAUAGGACAUUUCAAAAAUAUAGAUAGAUGGAGGACUUAUUUUAUUUUGUCAGCAAAUAAGUAUAUCACAUUUUCAGUGCGGCCCUCUGGACUUCGUUGAAGACCGACUGCUGCCCCCGGGGCAAAAUGAGUUUGACAUCCCUGGUUCCCAGUUUUAUGGAUGUAAUGCAUUGCUAUUUUAUUUUGAGUAGUGGUGUAUUUCGUUUCUACUAAUGGCCACUGAAGUGAUAAACAAAGUUUAUUAAUAUGCACUUGGUAGCGUUUCUUACAGUUUUAUAAUGUAUAUCAUAAAUGUGAUUUGUUUUUUGGGCUCCAAAAACAUGUGCUGUGGGUGAUCAGUGUAAAGCGAUGUCAUUUUUAAUUUUUAGGGGGUAGAUCAGGUUUAAUAUUGCAGAUUGUAGCUUCCAUCAAUGUAAUUGUCUGAUGUAACUUUACAUGAAAAGCUAUCAGAUUAUCUUAAAGCCAGCAAGCUACCCUGAUGGUCUGUUUGCACUGUGUUUAUUCAUUGGCGUGUUUCAUUAAUGUGUUCAGCAGUGGAAUGUAACGGUGGGCUAGCAGAGGAGCACGAGCAGGUGGUGAGGGAUUCUCACUCUACAGCAGACCAGGAGGUCCCUCACCCAGAGGUCCUACCAGAGCAGACAUCAGGAGACUUUGACUUCAAUGAGUUCUUCAACCUGGAGAAGACCAUGCCAGGACUGGCCUCUGUAAGUCCUGGGUAGCACUGCAUGUUUAAGGUGUGUGCUUGGGGGCUAUAAGGUGUGCACUGUGCUGGAUGUCCAGUAAUGUGUUGUACGUCAACUCUAAAUGCACUACGCAUUGGUCUGUAGUUGGCUACACUUGGUCUUCUCAUACACUGAAGGUUAGUUGUUUCAUGGCUUUAUCGCUUGGGACUGUCCUUUGCCUGUUUGGAUGGGUGAUGGUGGUAUUGUCAUCCUGUCAAGGACAUCGUACUUUCUAAAAUGUUUUCUUGCUGUAUUAUUAUAUAUUUUUUUUUCUCCAGUCAAAGGUUGUUGUAAGGACCAACCGGUUUCUCCAGUGUGGUGGUUUUGUUAGGUUUGUCUAAUGCAAAUGUAUGCCCAUCUGUUGCAGUUUAUUACGUCACUUAUUAGAAUACCUUGCAAAUGAUUGGUGAAGGAAGCUCAUUGCCCUAUUUUAUAGAUAUGGGAUAGGGAAAUAAAGCACAGAUUCAAUGAAUGAAGGGUACAAUACUUUCAAAGUACUGACAAAAAGCCCAAGUGUGCAGAUGGACAGAGCCCUAAAUGUAAGUGCCACCUCACACCCACCCUUUAGCAGUCUGCCACUGUGGACCACCAGCUUGCCUCUGACCGGCCCCUGUCCCUAUGUUGCAGAUGAUAGAGGAUGUUCUGGGGGAGGGCCCUGUGUCGGCUAGCCGUUUCAGCCAGUGGUUCUCCAGUAACCUGAGUCCUUCAGGCAGCCGCUCCUCCAGCCUGCGCUCCACCCCCCACGAGGAGCUGGAGAGAUUGGCCGGUAAGGAAUGGACACACUGGUAUUCCAGCCCCAGAUCUGUUUGCUGUCUUGCCAACUCCUAUGGUCAUUGGCAUGACAGUGACCAUAGGAUUUGGCAAGACUGCACAAACAGAUCUGGGACCAGGCUAGCACAGAGGCUGCUGUGCUGGAGAACAUCUAGAAUUCAUCCUCACAAGCAUAAACCCUUUUAUGGCCUCCUUAGUUAUGAUGCCUUCUGUUCAAUUUUAUUAGAAAAACAUAAUUGCACAACAAUAUGAAAUGUAAUGCUUUUUUUACAUGUUGAGGACUACCACACAUAAAAUCACAUAUUUGUUCUGGCCACAGAUUAAGCCUAGUCCUGAACUAAACACGACUAAACUUCAUUUUUGUCCAGGAAACUGCCCCCUGUUGUCAAUUUGGGAAAUUCAUUGUUUACCCCUCCAUCCCUCAGGGCUGGACCCCCGCUGCACAUCCCCUAGCCAGGGGGGCCCUGUCCCCUACUUCACACCCAUCCAGUCAGUGGAGCGCAGGGACAAGGUGGACAUCCUGGAGCUGUUACACAAGGCCAAGAUAGACUUGAAACCCCUCCUCUCCAGCCUCAACGUCAACAAGCAACGGCUACAGCAGAGCAGUGAGUCAUCCUUCACAUAACCAGUACCUAAAUUCCACCAUGUCAACUACACCAGCUGCAAGUCUACUACAAAAUGUGUCUACGCAGGUCCCGUGUAGCUCAGUUGGUAGAGCAUGGCGUUUGCAACGCCAGGGUUGUGGGUUCGAUUCCCAGUAUGAAUUUUAUUUUAAAAAAAUUAUGCACUCACUAACUGUAAGUCGCUCUGGAUAAGAGUGUCUGCUAAAUGACUAAAAUGUAAAUGUUAAAAUGGUUAGGUUCUGUGGCUAGUUCAACGUUUUAAAAGUGAGACUGGUAAUUUGUUAGAGGGUGCCUGUCAUAUUUUCCCUCAUAGUCUUGAGUGAUGGUUCGUAGGUUUUGGUGCAUUAGCAUGAUAUGUGCAUAUUUACAUUGCCCGUCUGUGUCUUGUACCCAGCUCACUCGGGCAUAGUUCUCUCUCUGGAGGAGGUAGAGGGGGGGCUGAAGGGGCUGAAAGUGGGCUCUGAGCUGCACCAACAGCAGCACCACCAGACGCCUCGAAAGGCCCAACAAAAUCAGCAGCAGGGAGGCAUCGUCGGCGGAGGCAGCACCAGCAGUGGCACGCCCUUCAUGGCUGAGCACCUGGAGCAGGCUCUAACAGGCGGUGUAGGCCCCAGUGCAGGGCCCUCUUGUUCACGGGCCAGAGACCCUGACAUGUCAGCCUUCAACAAGUUGGUUAGCAGCAUGAAGGCAAGUGGAACUCUGCCCAGCCAUCCCAAAGACAACCAAGUGAACAGCAAUGUAAGUGUGCCGCUCUCGGCUAAUGUGUUUAAAAAGCACUGA